GGCUGCACAGCUGACAGCAGCCAAUGAAAAUUAAAGAAGAAUUUUUAUCUUUAAUUAAAACAGUCGAGAUAUUGUUUACGCAGAAAUUUCACCGCUUAUUAAACAAAAUUAAUGAUAAUAUAAAAUAAAAUAACGCAGUGUUUAACAUUAUACACUACAAGUGUUACAAAGUUAAUAUAUAAAAUCAAUUAUUAGCAGUUCAAUCUGUACAAAUUAACGCCGGCACACAAAAAUUUGAGUCAUUCCAAAAAAGAAAAUUUGAAUGUGGUUGGAGACAAAGAAAAAUGGUUUAGUUUAAAAACGGAGUUAGUGUACAAAUCGGAAGCGAUCUUCUGUCCAGUGUCCAGUUCAGUGGCACAACUAGGAAACAAUCGACUUAUAGUAAAAUACAACAACAGCAACAAAAAACAAGAUGCUCUACUGUCCGCCGAAUGUCACAUUUUCUCAAGUAUGGAUAAACAAUGGUAUAUCGCAUUGUUUUAUGGAUACGAUCGGAAAUGCGGUGGCGAGUGGUUUUUUGUUGCUCAUGGGCACAAUACAACUACUAAUGUAUCGUAAAUACGCCACACGCAACGAUCCAACGCAUAUCACCAAAUCACGCUUAUACGCAUUACAGCUUUUCCUAUUAUUCUUUUUUCCUAUAUUGGCAUUAGUAAGAUUUUUCUUAAAUGCACGCGUCUACAAUGAUCAUGCAGUUUAUGGGUAUAUGAUACUCUCAACUGUGCUUAUUUGCAUAUCAUAUCCUUUCUCAGUUUGCGUUAUAUUAAAAGAACGCUUCUAUCAGCUGCCAUCACUACCGACGCGAGGUCAUGGUCUAAUUUUAUUGCUGUUUUGGACUUUGGGUUUUAUCAACGAAUCUUUGGCGUUCAUCAAUUUGCGACAUGAAGAUUGGUGGUUCUCACUUAAAACCAAUAAAGAUCAAGUGGAAAUGGCUUUAUUCGUUACACGCUUUAUAACCUCACUAUUGAUUUUCAUAUUGGGACUUAAAGCGCCUGGUAUUAUGCAGCCUUAUGUACAACUCGAUGAACCAGCCAAUGAGAGCAACAAUAAUACACAGCAAGGUUCGGCUUUUCGUAAUGCUUUUAAAAAAUUGGGUAGACUCUUUCCCUAUAUGUGGCCCAAAAAAGACGUGGUGUUACAAUUGACUGUUGUUGUUUGUGUAAUAUUACUAAUUGCUGGACGCGUUAUUAAACUAUUUUUGCCAAUCUAUCGCAAAAAGUUGGUGGAUAGCCUCACCAUACCGCCUUUACUCUUCCGCUGGGAUUUCGUACUUAUCUAUGUAGCAUUAAGCUUUGUACAAGGCGGUGGCACAGGCACUAUGGGCCUUUUCAAUAAUUUACGUUCUUUCUUGUGGAUACGCGUACAACAGUAUACAACGCGGGAAAUCGAAGUUGAUUUGUUCAGCCAUUUGCAUCAACUCUCGCUGCGUUGGCAUUUGCAACGUAAAACUGGCGAAGUUUUGCGUAUCAUGGAUCGUGGCACAGACUCCAUUAAUAAUUUAUUAAAUUACAUUAUAUUUUCGAUUACGCCUACUAUUGUCGAUUUGCUUGUAGCUGUGGUAUUUUUCAUAUACGCAUUCAAUUGGUGGUUUGGUCUCAUUGUGUUUCUCACAAUGUUUUUGUAUAUUUUGGCCACAAUUUUGGUUACCGAAUGGCGCACUAAAUACCAGCGUCGCAUGAACUUAGCCGAUAAUGAACAGCGCGCACGCAGCGUUGACUCGUUGCUAAAUUUUGAAACUGUAAAAUACUAUGGCGCUGAGCAGUAUGAGGUUGAAGAAUAUCGGCAGGCCAUUUUGAAAUAUCAGAAAGAAGAAUUCCUCUCCAUGUUGACACUGAACCUGCUCAACACUUCACAAAAUAUUAUACUCUGUCUCGGCUUACUCUCCGGCUCAAUGCUGUGUGUCUAUUUAGUUGCAAAUCAUCAGACGCUCACAGUCGGUGACUUCGUACUCUUCUUCACCUACCUCAUGGACCUGUAUAUGCCGCUCAAUUGGUUUGGCACCUACUAUCGCGCCAUACAAAAGAAUUUCGUUGAUAUGGAGAAUAUGUUCGAUCUGUUGAAGGAGGAUCAGGAAGUUGUCGAUGCUCCCGGUGCUGCACCACUUGUCACAGCCGGCGCUGGCAUUGAAUUCUCAAAUGUCACUUUCGGCUACUCACCCGAGAAGAUUGUGCUGCGCAAUGUGAACUUCAGUGUGCCACCGGGUAAAACUGUCGCCAUUGUUGGACCAUCUGGCGCGGGUAAAAGCACAAUUGUACGCUUGCUAUUCCGUUUCUAUGAUGUACAAUCUGGUGCAGUGCUUAUCGAUGGACAGAAUAUAAAAUUAGUGCAACAGCAGAGUUUGAGAAAGGCAAUUGGUGUGGUACCGCAGGACACCGUACUCUUCAACAACACCAUUUAUUAUAACAUUGAAUAUGGCAAGAUUGGCGCACGCGCCGAUGAAGUGUACGAGGCUGCGCGCAUGGCCGAUAUACACGAACGUAUAUUGGGCUUCCCCGAUCGCUAUGAAACGAAAGUGGGUGAGCGUGGCUUACGUCUGAGCGGUGGCGAGAAACAACGUGUUGCCAUAGCGCGUACUCUACUCAAAGCGCCAGUGUUGGUGUUGCUCGAUGAGGCCACAUCGGCGCUGGACACCAAUACCGAACGUAAUAUACAAGCAGCUUUAUCGCGGGUCUGCGCCAAUCGUACGACAAUUGUAAUUGCACAUCGUCUCUCCACAAUCAUAAACGCCGAUGAGAUACUCGUGCUAAAGGAUGGCUCCAUUGCGGAACGUGGACGGCACGAGGAACUUUUGCAACGUAAGGAUGGUGUAUACGCUGAGAUGUGGAUGCAACAGCUCAAGAACUUGGAGAGUGAUAAAGAGGGUGAAUUGAAUGACAAUGCGAAAGCCAAACCUGCAACAAAUAGCGACGGUAGUGGCAUUGGUGCCGUGCUACGCGCCGGUCAUGCGCAUGGUGGUGCGCACUAAAGUCAUUGUAGUGCAUACUAAAUUGCAAGUGCUUAUGAACGGUUAUAGACUUGCUUGUGUUUAUUUUUUCAAUUCUUUUUUUUUUUCAAAAUAUGCAUGUUUUGUAUGUAAUGUACUGACGUAGCAUACACGUGACGGCCUGUUUACAUAUGUAAAAUUGUUAUGAAUGGUGUAUUGGAAUGUAAUUAAACUGUAAGCGCGUAGUGCAGUUCGUGGUUUGUACAAUGAAAACUUUUUAGAGAUAUGUAGCAAGACGCUACUUAAUAUUUAGUAAUAAAAUAUAUUUAAAAUUAAA